UCAGGACCAAACUGCUGGAAGGGCGAAACAUCAAGUCCAGAUCAUCAAAGUCCUACAGAACCCCUUCAUCCAGGAUGUCCGUCUUAAGCUCCUCCCAUCAUCUGAGUGAAGGGGCGGGGCUUGAAGCUCUGAUUCUCCUCAACUGUAGCAGCGUGGAGUCAGCUGACCUUACCCUUCCCUCCACGGGGCGGCCAUCAGCGCUGGGGUCGGCUCGGGGUCUGGGUCCGUCUUCAGAAGCGCUCAUCAAGAUCAGGACCGGCCUCGUCGCCUGUCUCCUGCUAGUCGGUAACAAAAGGAGUCUGUUAGAGAGCAGGAAACAGAAACGGGUCACAGAUACACACUGCAGAGGAGCACAGGGACAACAAGCACGUACGUGCAUGCCCAUGAACGGCCUCAUGCUUUUAAACAGCAGGCAGCUGGUUCUGAACAGAACUCUGGGUUCCUACACCGUCAGGUUUUACAGUCCUCAUCUGCUGCCUUUAGUGGCCUGAAUCAGAACCGUUUCACUUUGUUUUUCUACACCAGGGUCAUCCUGUGAAACUUACGGAGCCCACGAGGGGACAUGGGAGAUUUUUUUUCUUUUGUGUUCCCACGGAACAAUAUUGCGUUCCCUUGCAAAAGUAGUUUCACGGUUAUGCCUGCGGGUUUAUUAAGAAACUCACAUGUUCACCAUUAGCGAGUUAGCCUACUGCUUUAAUUCAGCUUCAGAAUGAAAAUAUCACACAGCCAC